AUGACCGGUGCUGCCCCCUCGGGGACGAACGCGAGCGAGUCUCCGGCGAAACGAAAGUCCGUCCGCAGUCCGACGGCGAAGGGCGAGGAGAGAAACAAGCGAGCGUCCGAGCGGCGCACGCCCGUCGUCGCCGCGACGAUGCCCAAGAAGACGGACGCGGGGUCGCGGGGUCGGUCGCGACUGGACAGUGGCUCCAUCGAGUGGCAGCGAGUGGCGGGCAGCCUGGAGGAGCUGAUAGAUUGGGUGCGGCUGCGGCAGCUGACGCUCAACCACGAGAAACCUGUGAAGGGAGACGGGGAAGCCGUGGAACAGCAGGUCACCACGCACAAGGCGAUCAUGCAAGUUGCUCGAAGAGAAGCGCCCCCUGGUGACGCAAACCCUCGCCACCGGGCGGCGCUGCGUCGACGACCUCGGCUCGUUCUCCCGUCGCCGCGGCGACGAUGA